AUGACUUCCUCAAAAGAAGGGCACUUGUGGAACAGUUCCGGACUCAAGACGGGUCUCAUUACUGACUCUGUUAUUGAUGGAACACCACAAAGGGAAAUUCUAGAAAGUUACGAUGUUAUCGUUAUUGGAACUGGUUUCGCGGGACUCGUUGCCGCUCGGAAUCUUAGUCGUGCUUCUAAUACCAAGAUUCUCCUUAUCGAUGGUCGUGAUCGUAUCGGUGGAAGAACAUGGACAGCCAAGUCCAUGGGAGAAGAAUUUGAAAUGGGAGGAACUUGGGUUCACUGGAAUCAACCGCAUGUGUACUCCGAGAUCCAUCGCUACAAUCUUCAAGGCAACCUCAAAACUUCAGCGGGGACAGCCAGCGCCCAAUCUACAACAUAUACUGCAGCCUUUUCAACUCCACACAAUCUCGACGGCGGCGAAACAUCCUCAGCGACUCAGAGGGCCGCAGACGCCUUCUUCUCCAUCGACGGUCUGUCCAGUCGUGAUCUUAUGCCAUAUCCUCACGACCCAAUGCGACAGCCAGCGCUCUGGAUGAAAUACGAUCAUCUUUCCGCUAAGGAUCGAUUAGAUCAGCUCGAUAUCCCUCAAAUUGAGAAGGACUUGUUCGAUGGCAUGAUAAGCUCUUUUGGAUCAGCUCCCGGAUCGCAUUGUGGGUUUACCGAGGUGUUACGCUGGUAUGCACUCGGUGGACACUCGAUGGCUGGCGUCUUUGAACAUGCAGGCAUCUUCAAGUUAGGAAAGGGGGGCAUGACUUCACUGGCACGGUCUAUAAUAUCUGAAUAUCGCGGCAAUUUACUUCUGGAGACUACAAUCAACGCAAUUGAGCAGGACAGGGACGGUGUUACCUUGUUUGCAAAGAAUGGCCGGAAGUUUCAAGCCAGCCAUGUUAUAUCAACAAUACCGCUGAAUUGCCUGUCAGAUGUCAAGUUCACUCCCCCUCUCUCGCCCUUGCGUCAGGAGGCUAUUAAUGCUGGUCACAUCAACCAGGGCGCCAAAAUCCACUUCAAACUGAGACAAGCUGAGCCCGGUUGGUUCUCAAUGGCAAGUGGCUAUGGAGUAUCGCCAUGGUGCUUUUCCUUCUCUGACCACAACGGUACUAGUACCAAGAACGGGACGUACUGCAUUGGUUUCGGCUAUAACGGUCAUCUCAAAGAUCCGCGGGCAAGCUCCGAUAUCGUGUCUAGCUUCAAAACCCACUUGAAACCAGAUGCAGAUGUCGAAGCAUACCUUACGCACGACUGGAUGAAUGAUCCUCUUGCCAAAGGCACUUGGAGUUGCUGGGGACCUGGGUCCAUGAGCAAAUGGCUCAGUGAGCUUCAAAAGCCACAUGGACGAGUCCUUUUUGCUAGUGCAGACUGGGCCAAUGGUUGGAGAGGCUUUAUAGACGGGGCUAUUGAGAGAGGCGUGACUGCGGGUAUGACUGCAGAGCGACUGCUAUCACAAGAUAAGGCGGUUUGCAAACUCUAG